CUUGUGAACCUCGAUCAUCACGGGUAUACGCCCAACCCUGAUGAUUUGUAGGGGUUUUUCCUGACGUCCUAUUUGCGUUCUAGUGCUAAGAUGAACGCGACUUCCUUCUGGCUCCUACGAUUAACCAAGAGACUGUCAGGCAGCUGCUAUAUUUCCAUGAUAUCAAUGCAGAUUUUUGUUUGCCUGGACGAAUACAAGUAGUAUUGAGUAGCGCAAGUUCAAGACGACAAACUAUGCUGCAUUCCCCAACGCUGGUUUACCCUGAUCAUGACCACUUGAGCUUAGCGCAAGUUAGCAAGUCUUAGCGGCACGCCCAGACCACGCGUUCCCGCCUAUAUUUCUGCUCUUCCUUCCCUCUGCUCCCACCCACAACAACCCACGACAAAAAGUAAGUGUACCCCAUUGCUCUGGCGACUACCGAGAUUGCUAACCAACUCACACAGCAACGAUGGGUAACUACAAUGAGAACACUGCCCAGGACUCCUCUGCCACUGGCAUGAGUUCUGCGUCACGAUCCCAGCCCGGCGUCACCCGUGAGGGACGUCCAGCUGCAGUUGUCGAGCGUGAUGGUACCCGAGAGGGCCGUCGCGUAUCCAACUAUGAGCAAGGCCCUGUCCAGGAGGCAGGUCCUACUCCCAUCUUCAAGUUCGGGCAAGGCCCUGUCCAAGAGGCAGGUCCUGUCUCCUUCAUCAAGCUCGAGCCAGGUCUCUCUGGCGACGACAAUGACGCUGUGCCUGACGUUGAUCAUGGCCCAGCUGCAUCGUCGGCGUCCAAGGGCAAGGGCAAAGGCAAGUCGCCAGCGCAGUAUGCCUGGGAGUCGGAAUCGCUCACGCUCGAACAGAGAGUGAGCGCAUUCAACAAGUUCACGACGAGUGCCGCCGAGAUGCGGAGAGUAUGGGAAGCUGGUGGUAAGCCGGCAUGCCCAGCGUGCGGAGUCGCUCACCCUCCGCCGUGCGUACCACAGACGGGAGGCCGCAAGGCUGCCAUGAGGCUGGGUACCCAGCUCCAGAGAGAUCUUUCUGCUGCGCGAAAGCGCGAUCUGGACACGCCGGCCCAAGGCAAAGGCCAGAAGAGCAAGUACAUGUUCUGCAAGAACUGCGCAAAGACGCACAUUGGCGGUGCAAGUGAGUGCAAGGCACCACUAUGCCGAACCUGCAGCCUCAAUCACUUCUCGAGUGAACGCUGCAGCAGUGCGGUAGAGCGUUUCCGCGCCGCGGGUCUUCUGAAGAGAGAUGAGAGCGCGGCUGCCCAACCCUCUCGAGGCCAGGGUAAGCAGCCAGACAAGAGCAAGCAGCUGCUUACUGAGGAAGACCUGGAGAUGAUGGCCGCGAUGAUGGCAUCGGCCAGCACAGAUCAGGCUGGAGCUCUUGCCCAACUGUUGAACCACCUGGGUGAGAAAAGGAAGGCGGAGGCGGAGGCGCUGGAGUCGGAAGAGGCUCAGCCACCGCCGAAGAAGACGAAGAAGGCCGAGUCAGAAGACACGAGCCAGAAGUCUGAUGGCAACGCGAACCGUCCCAAGUAUGGCGGUAGGAAGGGACCGGGGGGCGCUUCGAGCCUCAACGGUACUCCUUACUCGCAUCGCUAAGGCAGUACCAUCGCAGGAGACAACCUGGGUAAAAAACAAGCCCGGGAAGCUCGUCGUCCACGUCGUCCGGGCGGGAACUUCACGUCUCUCGAUCAGAGAGCGUGUUGCUAAUCCGAGCAUCCACGAAUUCAGUUCUCCAAUUUCCAGUAAGUCCAGCCAUUCAUAUAUCUCUUGAUGCUCGUUGCU